AUGGUAGAGAAAGAGAAGAGCCAUGGAGGAAAGCAAGAGAUAAGUUGCAUGGACAUGAUGAAUGCUAAGAUGGACAAUCUGGCCUUGAAAGUCGAAAACAUGUCCCAAAACCCUACCACAGUGGCAGCAAUCCAAUCGGAGUGCGAGCUUUGUGGAACUCAAGGACAUCAAACCAUUGACUUUGUACCUGGAGGACAAUUCCCUGGACAAACCCAACCUAAUCCCAAAGGAACAGCAAAUUCUAUCACCUUAAGAAGUGGAACCGCUUAUGAGGGACCUAAAAAUCCUAACCUAAGCACAUCGGAAAAACCCAAGGAAGAUGCUGAACCUAAAGACCAGGUAGAGGAACCAGAGAAACCCGAAAAGCAAUCAAAACCAAAGGUAGAGAAUCGUACACCACAACCUUACAAGCCACCCAUUCCAUUUCCACAAAGGUUGAAAAACACCAAAACGGAAAACCAAUUCCAAAAGUUCAUUAAGGUAAUAGAGAAACUCCACGUAGAAAUCCCUUUUACCGAAGCAAUAACCCAGAUACCAUCAUAUGCUAAGUUCUUGAAGGAUAUUUUGUCCAACAAACGCCGACUCGACGAUCCCAAACCUUUAGAAUGUCAUUCCAUGUCCGAGAAUAAACUUGCCAAGAAAGAUAAAGAUCCUGGAAGUUUUUCUAUCCCUUGCGUCCUAGGAAAUCAUAUGAUAGACAAAGCAUUUUUUGACCUAGGAGCAAGUGUAAGAAUGAUGCCCUUGGCUGUCUGUAAGAGGUUAAAACUAGGAGAGCUUCAACCUACUAAGAUGUCAUUACAACUAGCCGAUAGAACCGUUAAAUACCCAAUGGGUAUUUUGGAAGACAUACUUGUCAAGAUUGGUCAGUUAUACAUUUUGACUGAUUUCGUAGUCAUGGAUAUCAAAGAAGACGAUGACAUCCCAAUCCUCCUAGGUAGACCAUUCCUAUUGACCGCUGGAGCUAUAAUAGAUGUUAAGAAAGGGAAGCUGACUUUUGAGGUAGGAGAUGAAAAGAUCGAGUUCAUUCUAUCAAAAUUUCUAAUGGCACCAGUGAUAGGAGAUGCGUGUUAUGCCAUCGACGUCAUUGAUGAGUGUGUAAAUGAGCUCAACGAUUCCCUAAUCAGAUUACCUUCUACCCCCAUUUUAGAGGAUGAUGGAUUUAAGAGUAUGGAACCUUACAUCGACGACAACCUUUUUGAAUGGUUAGCACUUACCCCCGACCCUACGCCGUGCACCAAGAAACCUGCCAUAAAACUUAAGGAACUACCCAAUAAUCUAAGAUACGAGUUUUUGGAGAACAAGUAG